UGGCAGAGGCAUGCGUGGAGUCAGCCCAGGCAGUGCAGAACGGCGAGGGACGCGGGACGCGGCGACGGGACCGGAGAGAGGCACGGGAUGACCUGGUAGACGUUCCCCGCGGCUGGUUAAAUGGACCCAGGAUUCCAAUGUGGCCUCAGAGGGACGGGAACGCACACCUGACCAUUCUGCUCUGCGCUAUGCUCUCCGUGGGCUCGGGCUGCCUGGCCCAAGCAAUCACAAUAACGACUCCUGAAUACAGCCUUGUCAGAUCGGUGCAGGAAGAUGUGCUCAUCUCUGUGGACUUUGAAUGCCAUGGGACACCCACAAUCAAAUGGGCGUUCAUGUCAGCGAGGGAGAGGCGGAACAUUGUGGUCUGGCAGCCCGGACUUUCUGCCAAUGUCUCCGAGUAUUACCAGGACAGACUGCAGACACAUACCAAUGGAUCAAUAACAUUGCUUGACCUGCGUCUGACAGACUCAGGUUACUACGUGGUCACAGUGUCUGAACCAACUGGAAGCAGCAAGGACGCAGCCGUCAUCUUGAAGGUCGAAGAGGUCCUCUAUGAGGACUUGCAGUAUUUAGCUGUCUUCGCCACUGUCUUGGGGGCCAUGGCCGGGUUCCUCAUGGUCUCCAUGUGGCUACUUGACAAGGUUUACUGGAGAGUUAAGGAAUGGCGGCAAAGGAGUGAACUACCAGAAAAUGAAGAGACAGAGUUACAGUCUUUGCGAUCUACGGAUGAUCAACCCUGAAGACAAAUCCAAGCAAUUGUACACUGGAUCAUAAGAAAACACUAGUUAGUGAUUACAGGGAAUGAAGGAUCUAUAACAGACAAGAACCUCAGGAGCUAAAAACCCAUUCCACCGACCGCAUUCCCAAUAACACGCUUUGACUGGACUCACCAAAUCAAACAUCCUUUCCAAGAAGACUCUUCCACAAAUGGCAUUGACAGUCCAACGCACUCCAAAUACACCACGUUUACUGGACUUGCCCAAUCCACAACGUAUUCAUUCAACACAUCCAUUCCUUUGCACCUCAAUUUGGCAGAGGUAGCCAAGUCCAUGGAAGAACACAUGAAGCUGAUGAGAUCAUUACUGAACCUGUGUCAUAGCUGUGCAGAUCCACUGGUUUGUACAGUGUGCAGUGUGGCUAAUGCUGUGGGCUGGAUGGAUAAGCACUCCUGACAUUUAAGCAAUCAGUGGAUCUAUGCAGGCGCAAUGCAGACAACGUAAUUGAACAUAACCGUUUCAAAAGCUCAAAGAGGCUCUCAUGGCUGUUUUACAUUAUGUACAGUGUUACGUUCUUUUGUUAAUACUGUGAUGUUC